AUUCAUCCACCCAUUACCCUCCAUUACCCUACAGACACCUUCCUAUCACGUCCUCUAGUGUCAGUGUUGCUUAGUACCAAAAUAUUCUAAUAAAAGUGAGGUGUUCCCCCAGUGAGCGCCAUGAUCCAAGGGCAGAGCAGACGACUCCUAACUCAAGGAUGGAGGUUCCUCAGGGGUGGUGUUGGGGGUUGGUGUCGCCUCCAGCACUCCUCCGCUGCCUGCCGCCCCAUCAACAAGCUGCUCAUCGCCAACCGGGGAGAGAUCGCCUGCCGGGUGAUGCGCACUGCUCGCCGCCUCGGGGUGAAGACUGUGGCGGUGUACUCAGACCCUGACAGGAACUCCAUGCAUGUGGCUAUGGCAGAUGAAGCUUACCGCCUUGGCCCGGCAGCCUCCCAGGAGUCAUACUUGCGUGGCGACAAGAUCCUGGAGGUGGCCAUGAGCAGUGGGGCCCAGGCAGUGCACCCUGGCUAUGGCUUCCUCUCGGAGAACGCAGAGUUUGCCGAUGAGUGUUUGAAGGCCGGGGUAGUGUUUGUGGGACCUCCAGCCAGUGCCAUCAGGGACAUGGGUAUCAAGAGCACGUCCAAGGCCAUCAUGUCCGAGGCCUCUGUACCCGUGGUGGGAGGCUACCAUGGGGAGGAGCAGACCGAUGAGAGGCUGGCAGCAGAGGCUCAUCGCAUUGGCUUCCCAGUCAUGAUCAAGGCUGUGAGGGGCGGUGGAGGAAAGGGCAUGAGGAUUGCUAUGAAGCCUGAGGAGUUCCAGGAGCAGUUAGAGUCGGCGCGGCGAGAGGCCAUGAAGUCCUUUGGUGACGAUGUGAUGCUCAUUGAAAAGUUUGUUGAGCGGCCCAGGCAUGUGGAGGUUCAGGUGUUUGGGGAUCACCACAGCAACUAUGUGUACCUGUUUGAGCGCGACUGUUCGGUGCAGCGCAGACACCAGAAGAUUAUCGAGGAGGCGCCGGCGCCGGGUCUGACGUGGGAUGUGCGCCAGUCUCUGGGUGAGGCUGCGGUCAGGGCAGCCAGGGCGGUGGGCUAUGUGGGUGCCGGCACUGUGGAGUUUAUCUUGGAUCCCUCGCACAAUUUCUACUUUAUGGAGAUGAACACAAGACUGCAAGUGGAGCAUCCUGUGUCUGAGAUGAUCACCAACACUGACCUGGUGGAGUGGCAGCUUAGGGUAGCUUCUGGGGAACCACUGCCGCUCACACAGGAUGAAAUCAAGCUGUCUGGCCACAGUUUUGAGGCUAGGAUAUACGCUGAGGAUCCCAGGGGUGGCUUCCUCCCUGGUGCCGGCCCUCUCAACCACCUUUCAACCCCUGCCCCGAGCCAGCACGUCAGGAUAGAGACAGGGGUGCGGCAGGGUGACGAGGUGUCUGUCCACUACGACCCCAUGAUAGCCAAGCUGGUGGUGUGGGGACAUGACCGCACCUCGGCCCUCAACAGCCUCACUUCCUGCCUUGCUAAGUACAAUAUUGUAGGACUGAACACCAAUGUGGACUUCCUGCUGACCCUGGCCACUCACCCAAGCUUCCAGGCCGGAGACGUGAGCACAGACUUCAUCCCAGACCACUAUGACGAACUCUUCCCACCCCUGGCGGCUUCCAAGAAGCUGCUGUGUCAGGCAGCACUGGCCCAGGUGCUUGAGGAGGAGCAGGAGGGAGUGCGAGCUGUGGCUGCCUCCCAGGACCCCACCUCUCCCUUCGGGCCCAGCGCCUCGCCACGCAUCAACCACACACUCAUCCGCACCCUGCCAUUCACUUGUGAGGGCAAAGAGGAGGAGGUGCGGGUGGAGUACCUGGGUGAUAGCAAGUACCGCAUGAGUGUGGGCGGCGAGAGCUUUGCGGUGAGCGGCUCCUUGGUGUGUGAUAACGGUGUCCGCCACCUGUCAGCCUCCGUGGGCGACUCUGUGUCCCGGGUGAAUGUUGUGCUGGACGGCAGGGACAUCCACCUCUUCACCCAGACUGGCGGGUGGAAGGUGAGUGUGCCGGCACCCAAGUUUGAGUCCGAGCUUGGCCACGUGGCGGGGGCGAGUGGCGGUGCUGUGGCCCCCAUGCCUGGUGUGGUGGAGAAGGUGUUUGUGUCCGCUGGCCAGACGGUUGAGGCCGGUGACCCCCUGGUGGUGAUGAUUGCUAUGAAGAUGGAGUACGUGAUCAAGGCAAGCAGUCCAGGAGUUGUGGAGAAGGUCUUGUUUGAGCCAGGGCAGAGUGUGGCCAGGAACACUCCCCUGGUGAAGCUGAAGGAGGCUGAGGAGUGAGUGGGGCAGCUAUCCACAUUCUCACAGGGAGCGUCUGGAAAAAGAGGACAAACAGUAUGUGAUGCUGAUAAUAGUUAGUAGUGGUGGUGGUGGUGGGGAUAACUCUGUGGAGGGAACAAAGACUGGUGUAGUUAUAAUGUAGUUAACUUAUUGUGGGUUUAGAAGGUGCCAUGAUGUCUCAAAGAAGGAGAGAAGAGGAAAAUGUGUAUGUAUAUUAGUAACAGUUAGUCAUGGGUUGAUUAAUUUAUGAGCAGGUUAGACAAUUGUAUAGUAUUUACUUGUAUGUGGGCCUGGAUGAUACUGGCCUACCAAAAAAACUAAAAAUAAUUAUGUAUCUCUAAAUGAAUCGUACUAUUUUUAACUAUGCUGAAAGAAUGACUACUUAGGAAACAUUUAUUAAGCUGUGUGGGAAAAAACAAAGAAAAGUUACAUGAAUAUUAUUUAAGCAAUGCCAUUUUGAACUCAAUUGAUGAAGUCUAAAUAGUAAGUAAUUUAAUAUAUCUUAGUUUAUUACAAUGCAUUGGUGAGAUAAUUUAGGUAUAGAGAUUGAGAGGAGAGAGUUGUGAGGUGAGUGAGGCUGUGAGAGGCUGACAUAUGGACUGGGAGAUGUGUGUGAGUGUGGAAGGAGUGGUAGAGUUCAGUACAGGAGUGAGAAGAGUGUGGAGUCAGCUAGUAAUGUCAGGCUUGUGUGUGGAGUGUGGGAAUGUUGUGUGGAGAAAGAGCUGUGAAGGAGGUUAAUGCAAGGGAAGGAACUGUGGUGUUGAGGUGUUGUGGUGUUGUGGUGGUGUGGUGGUUUAUGUUCCUUCUCAGCAGCAGGAUGAGAUUCCCCCUGCUGGCGUGCAUAGCUACUUUUUUUUAGACAUUUCCAUAUUUUUGUGUAUAUUUUUAGAUAAUUGUAGUAACGAGGUGCAUUUGAAGUACAAAAUAAAAUAAAAUGUACA